AUGCCCCCGCCGCACCGGCCCAUGCACCGGCCCAAGCACCCGACCCCGGACAACCCAGUAAGAGGAAGAGGUGUCAGGUCUGCCCCACAAAGAAGGACUGUAAAACACACACUGUGUGCACCAGGUGUAACAAAUACAUCUGCAAAGGCUGUUUGCACGCAUACUGUCCCACAUGUUCCAAUUGGGCCUUUAGUGAGAGGGGGACAGUUCGACCCGGAGGGCACGGCAUGUGUACAGAAUACCAGGACAAUGGGAGGGUCAAUAGCCAAACUUCCUCAAAAGUAAAUAGCUAGACAGGUAGCCUAUUUAAAAUAUUUGACAGCAUAGGCUACAGUUGGCCUAUUGCAGUGCAGUAGGAGCACAACAUCAUAGCCUAUUUAAAUUCAGAGCCUAUACCAACGCAGCAGAUAGAAACACAAUCAUCUAUUGAUGAACAAAAUAUUCAACCUGGACUCGGGGGUAGACGUAACAUAGUAAACGAAAAUCAAAAUUGCAAAAUGCACUCCAGUGUUUGGCACUUGCUAUAAGCGGCAUGCAUUUUUUGUUUGAAAAAGUCACUGCAAAAGACAAAAACAUUCUGCCCACAUCUUUAUAUAAAUGUGAUCUAAUUUGUCAUUGCAUUAUCUUUUAGAAACUUACAUGGCCCAGUUUCAACAUCUCCAAAUCAUACAGCAAAUUAGGGUGUUUUUGUACCAUAAAAGGUGAAUGGAGGGCGUUUUCCAGGCAGGUUUGUAAUGCUACCACACCACAGCUGACACUUGUAGAGCCAUACACACAAACACUUCCUGCAACCUCUCAUUUUAUUUUUAUUUUAUUUUUUAUUUUUUAUUCUUAUUUUUUUUUGGGGGGGGGGGGGGUGGAUCAGCUUAAUAUUGCAGAUAGAUUGUAUCUUCUAUCAAUGUAAUUGUCUGCAUCACUUCCAAUCCCCCAUGUUUUUUAUAUAUACAGUGGGGGAAAAAAGUAUUUAGUCAGCCACCAAUUGUGCAAGUUCUCCCACUUAAAAAGAUGAGAGAGGCCUGUAAUUUUCAUCAUAGGUACACAAAUUGAGAAAAAAAAUUGGAUUUUUAAUGAAUUUAUUAUCAAAUUAUGGUGGAAAAUAAGUAUUUGGUCACCUACAAACAAGCAAGAUUUCUGGCUCUCACAGACCUGUAACUUCUUCUUUAAGAGGCUCCUCUGUCCUCCACUCGUUACCUGUAUUAAUGGCACCUGUUUGAACUUGUUAUCAGUAUAAAAGACACCUGUCCACAACCUCAAACAGUCACACUCCAAACUCCACUAUGGCCAAGAACAAAGAGCUGUCAAAGGACACCAGAAACAAAAUUGUAGACCUGCACCAGGCUGGGAAGACUGAAUCUGCAAUAGGUAAGCAGCUUGGUUUGAAGAAAUCAACUGUGGGAGCAAUUAUUAGGAAAUGGAAGACAUACAAGACCACUGAUAAUCUCCCUCGAUCUGGGGCUCCACGCAAGAUCUCACCCUGUGGGGUCAAAAUGAUCACAAGAACGGUGAGCAAAAAUCCCAGAACCACACGGGGGGACCUAGUGAAUGACCUGCAGAGAGCUGGGACCAAAGUAACAAAGCCUACCAUCAGUAACACACUACGCCGCCAGGGACUCAAAUCCUGCAGUGCCAGACGUGUCCCCCUGCUUAAGCCAGUACAUGUCCAGGCCCGUCUGAAGUUUGCUAGAGUGCAUUUGGAUGAUCCAGAAGAGGAUUGGGAGAAUGUCAUAUGGUCAGAUGAAACCAAAAUAGAACUUUUUGGUAAAAACUCAACUCGUCGUGUUUGGAGGACAAAGAAUGCUGAGUUGCAUCCAAAGAACACCAUACCUACUGUGAAGCAUGGGGGUGGAAACAUCAUGCUUUGGGGCUGUUUUUCUGCAAAGGGACCAGGACGACUGAUCCGAGUGAAUGGGGCCAUGUAUCGUGAGAUUUUGAGUGAAAACCUCCUUCCAUCAGCAAGGGCAUUGAAGAUGAAACGUGGCUGGGUCUUUCAGCAUGACAAUGAUCCCAAACACACCGCCCGGGCAACGAAGGAGUGGCUUAGUAAGAAGCAUUUCAAGGUCCUGGAAUGGCCUAGCCAGUCUCGAGAUCUCAACCCCAUAGAAAAUCUUUGGAGGGAGUUGAAAGUCAGUGUUGUCCAGCGACAGCCCCAAAACAUCACUGCUCUAGAGGAGAUCUGCAUGGAGGAAUGGGCCAAAAUACCAGCAACAGUGUGUGAAAACCUUGUGAAGACUUACAGAAAACGUUUGACCUGUGUCAUUGCCAACAAAGGGUAUAUAACAUAUUGUAAAGUAUUGAGAAACUUUUGUUAUUGACCAAAUACUUAUUUUCCACCAUAAUUUGCAAAUAAAUUUAUUAAAAGUCCUACAAUGUGAUUUUCUGGAUUUUUUUCCUCAUUUUGUCUGUCAUAGUUGACGUGUACCUAUGAUGGAAAUUACAGGCCUCUCUCAUCUUUUUAAGUAGGAGAACUUGCACAAUUGGUGGUUGACUAAAUACUUUUUUCCCCCACUGUAUAAACCCCAGUCGAACUUUAUCAAAUGCCUUUUCGAAGUCUGCUAUGAAUAGCAGGCCUGGUUUCCCAUAUUUUCCAUAGUGUUCCAUUGUUUACAAUACUUGCCUUAUAUUAUCUCCAAUGUAUCUUCCAUGUAAAAAACCUGUCUGAUUAGAAUGAAUAAUAUCUGACAAUACCUUUUAAAUUCUAUGCGCUAUACAUUUUGCUAGGAUUUUUGCAUCACAACACUGAAGUGUAAGGGGCCUCCAAUUUUGUAAAUGGACUGGAUCUUUAUAUUUUCCACUUGUAUCCUGUUUCAGUAAUAAUGAGAUCAGACCUUCUUCUUGAGUGUCAGAUAAUCUACCAUUUACAUAGGAGUGGUUAAAACAUGCUAAUAACGGUCCUCUUAGUAUAUCAAAAAAGGUUUGGUAUACCUCGACUGGUAUGCCAUCCAACCCUGGAGUUUUCCCAGACUUAAAGUCUUUAAUUGCAUCCAGAAGUUCCUCCUCUGUAAUUUCACCUUCACAUGAGUCUUUCUGUGUGGCUGUUAAUUUGACAUUAUCAAUAGAAAAAAAAUCUCUACAAUUAGCUUCAGUUAGAGGAGAUGGAGGCGACUGAAAAGAAAACAUAUGCUUAAAGUACUUUGUUUCUUCCUUCAAAAUAUCAUUUGGUGAAUUAUGGGUGACUCUGUCAAUUGUAACCAGUUCUUUUUGGUAGCAUUCCUAUGUUGAAGAUUAAAAAAUAAUUUUGUGCAUUUUUCCCCAUAUUCCAUCCAGUUUGCUUUAUUUUUAUAAUAUAUUACACUUGAUCUUUCUUGAAUAAGUUUCUCCAUUUCUUUUUGUUUUUCCAGAGUCUCUAUGUUACAGUUUUUAUUGACAUCUAUCUGUUCUGUUAGACUUUCUAUUUCCUUUCUUAGUAUAAACUCUUUUGACCUAAAUUGCUUUUGUUUUCGAGAUGAGUACUGAAUUGCAUGGCCUCUAAAGGCACAUUUAAAGGUGUCCCAUACAAUAAGGGGAUUCGCUGUACCUAUGUUAUGUUGGAAAAAGUCAGUUAUAAAUUCCUUUGUUCUAAUUAUAAAUAAAUUAUCAUCCAAUAGGCUUUGAUUAAAUUUCCAUUGUGAAUUGUGGAUCAUCAUUAUUUGUUCCAUAAAGGUUAAUGAGCCAUAUCUGUUUAUGGUGCAAUAACAUAUUUAACAUAAUCCAUCUACCUUGCGUAUCUACUUUGACAAUUUGCACAUUCGGAUCGAAAUUACUAUUAAUUAAUAUCAUCACCUCUUUUGAAUUUCUUUGCCCAUGGGAGAAGUAUAUUCCCCCCUCCCCCAUUCUUUUUUCCACGCUACUUCAUCUCGAAUUGUUGAAUGAGUUUCCUGUAUACAAUAGAUAUUAUAUUCCUUCUCUUUGAGCCAUGUAAAUAUUGUUCUUCUUUUGUUGUUAUCAGCUAAGCCAUUACAAUUAUAACUGGCUAUACUUAUUUCACCAUACACCAUAAUGAGAUACAAGUUUCAAGUCUAUUUAUCAAUAUAUAUGUUUGUAAAUUUACCAAUAACAAAUACCAUAAUGAUUGAGUGUCCAUAUAGCUGUACCGUGAUAUUUGCAUUGCUACGGAGUAACCCUUCAAUUGUUCUCCACUAAUUCCCCCGCUAAAGCCCCUCCCCAUCCCAAGUUGAGCCGUCAUCCCAGUGAUCAGCAUCCCACCCACGUCCCUCCGGAUCCCUAAGGCCCCGAGAGGCCAGGACCCAUCCAUCAAAAACAGCACACAGUGCCACCCACAAAACAGAAGCAGAUUAACCGCCAAAAGCAUUUUCAAUGCUUUCACCUCUCUAUAUAUAUAUCUAUAUAGCUAUUUAAAAAAAAUUAUGCAUAUCCUAUUUUCCAUCAUUAUCAAUUAAUAUGCGUAAUAAUGUCGGCAGUUCACGCGUAGGAUUCUAACAUAUAACCAGGAUUGCCAUUGAAUUACAUUUAAUUCAUUGACAAGCAAUUAUUAUCCUAGCAAAUAAUUCCCGUGGUCCAUCCCAUACCCCCCCUCCCCCCCAACAAUUGUAACCAUUUUGUAACCUCUCAUUUAUUUGUUUCUAUCCUUCAUCCCUUCCUCGCUCUCUUGCUCCUUACUCCCUUGUUCCUGCAGUUCAGAGGAAGAGGCCGGCGAAGAGAAGGCACCCCCAUGGCAACAAUACAACGUGUGCAUGUGUGUGAAUUCUAAGAACUCUAACUCUGUUCACAGGAAUCGACGAGGCAUCGGAGAGUGAGGAAGAGAGCGAGGAGGAGAAACAGAACGAGGAAGAGGGGAAAGAGGAGGAGGAGGAAGAGGAAAGGAAGAAGACCCCGGUCCAGACGAAGAAGAAGAGAGGUAGCAGUUCAUUCUUCUUCUUUAGAAUCUUUAUUGAAUCUUUACUGAUCAGGUUUCACAGGGAAGUGGCAAGACUUGAACCCAUGGAAAUAUACUGUGUGUUUUUGUUGAAGGCUAUGUUGUGAUAACAAUGUUGUGUGUGCGUUUCAGACAGCAGUGGUGAGUCGGACACUUCAGAGGACAGCGACAUCGAUGGAGAGGCAGCCUCAGCUCUCUUCAUGGUGGUGAGUGUGUGUGUAUGAGAGAAAGUAAGUGUGUGUUACAGUUUGUGUGUGGUCCCUUUUGUAGUGCCACUGUUCAAUGUCGACCCCACUCUCUCUCUCUUUCUCGCAGAGAUGGAGUCUUGAUCUCGUGUUCUUGAUCUGGGUCAUGGUGCCCAAGAUCUUGGUCUGGGUCUUUUCUAAAAGUCUUUAACAAGACCCUGGGUUUGGUAGUUGAUUAACCUGAUGCCAUAUUUUGUUGUUUUUAUGUGGCACAAAAGGGGUGACACAACACACAAUUUCCAGGGUAUCUUGCUUCUCUAGUGUGGCAGCAGUGUGGGCACAAACAUAUGCCUUUUGAACACUUUGAUGUGGUUGGUGUUGGUCUGGCUCUCGAUCUUUGUUUUCCACAUUUCAACUGGUCUUGGUGUGGUAAUGGUCUCUAAACACUGGGUGUCUCUUGGUCUGGAUCUUGAGAGGUUGAGAGUGGCUCUCGUGGACUUUGCUCUUGACUUCCGCUCUUGACAUUUUCUGUUUUCCCGCCAUUCCCAAUUUCCUCGCUCUCUUGCUCGCUCUCCCCCCUCUCAGAAGAAGCGUACUCCUCCUAAGCGUGGUGGUGGGCGUGGCUCUGGAGGCAGCUCCAGGACUGGCAGUCUCCCCGGAACACCUUCCAUAGACUCCGCCUCCACCUCCAACACACUCCGAGCCGCCGCUAGCAAACUGGAGCAAGGUACACACGCACUCACACACAUUUUCACAUAUCGGAAAUAGAUAUUUAUAUUUGUAAUAUUUACAUGUAUAUUAACAUUCACAGGAUCUGAAAGUCUUGUUUUGUUUGUCUUACCUUAAGGCUAUGUUUGACCUCAGCACUGUAUGCUAACUCUUCUUGAUUUAACAAUAAAGGGUUGUUAACACUGUCUCCGUCAUCGUGCGCUCUGCCUCCCCCCUCCCUCCCUCCUCACAGGUAGGAGACAGGUGGUGGGUGGUAGCUCUGAGUCUCCAGCUGCCAAGAGGCUGAAGAUGGAGUCCAGUAGCACGGCUAUCACCACCCAGAGUCCUGCCCCCUCAGGGAAGAGCACUCCACAGCCCCCCUCAGGCAAAUCAACUCCCAGCUCCAGGUAUAUUCCUCCUCUUCAAUCUCUCCUGUUUGUUUUCUUUUCUUUCACCCUUACCUUCUCUCUAGCUCACACACACACACACUCGUUCUCUCUCUUUGUCUCUCUCUCCUCUUCCUCUUUUAUCUGUCCCCUACUCUCCUCUCCCACACACACUCUUUCUUUCUUCCUCUUCUCUCCCCUCCUCUCUUAUUUUCUCAUGUUCCCACUCUCUAUCACCCUCUAUUUCUCUCCCCUACUCUUCUUGCCUCAUUCCCUCCCCCCUUCCACAACCUACCCUCCCCCUGCUUUGUUCUACCCCUCUCCAUCUUCCCCUCCCUCUCCACAGUGACGUUCAGCUGACAGAGGAGGCGGUGCGCCGCUACCUGAUUCGGAAGCCCAUGACCUCCAAGGACCUGCUGAAGAAGUUCCAGACCAAGAGGACGGGCCUGAGCAGCGAGCAGAUGGUCAACGUCCUGGCCCAGAUCCUCAACCCUGAGAGGAAGAACGUCAACGACAAGAUGCACUUCUAUCUCACCGAGUGA